AUGGCGCCUCGAUCCCGUCUGCAAGGGUCUGACAACACAGAGUAUCAGAGUGAUGCCAGUUCCGACCUGAGCGCAAUAUUUUCGGGCAAUGAAUCUGAGAGCGACUCCAGCAGCGGCCCAGAGUCCGAUAGCGAGGACGGUUCCGAUGAUGAAAAAGAUGAGGAUACCUUCGACGACGAGGGCCAGCUGCCUCCGGAACACUAUUUGGCCCAGGCUGAGAGCCUGGAUGUCACUCAGCUUAGACAGAAUCGGUACAGCCAGAACACUCAAGAAAGGCUUGAUGAAACUCGCAUGUACUGGAAUAGGUACUGCCAACAUAUUGGAGUUGAUCCAGCGCAGCACUGGAAAUGGAUCUCAAACUCUGAUGAGACGAUUCAAUUUCUGUACGCAUUCUUCGGUUGGCGGUGUGAUAUUCGUCGUGGCAAGGGUGGUCGCCACUGCCCAGGGAUUACCUAUCAGAGCUCGCUGAAUUCAUUCUGGAAGUGGUGGCAUCUUCUUCUGAAGCAGGAGACAGCAUCUGGACUCAGCAAAGACAUAACUGUCAAGGUGAACGAUGUCAUCGCCCUGGUCGCGAAAGAGAAAGACCUCGAACUCAAUUGGAAGCCGAAGAAGAACAUGUAUAUUGAGGAUGUAGCCGAAUUUGCACGCGUCCUCUUGACCACCACUGAGAUGACAUUCGACUGCGGUUGGCAGCGUAUCCAACUCCUUCUCUUCUGCCAGCUUGCAGCCAUUACUGCAAGCCGUCCGUCGGCGCUCCUCCACCUUCGCUAUACGGACAUAUCAUUGACUCUGAUCCGAGAUCCGGAAGGCGGACGUCCUCGACUGUUCAUCUUCUUGAAGCCUGACUUUACAAAGAGGUUCCUUGGAAAGAAGGCUGCAAAUGAAUUUAAGGUUCCCGAAAUUAUCUUCGAUCCAACGUUGGUCCUCAGUCCACAUGUUUGCCUGCUGGGUAUGCUCUUUCACGUCCAGGGCUUCAAGAAGUUUUCUACGGCCGGACCCGUGCUGGAUUGCCCAGAAAAACUUUACAGCCUUGGGGUACUGGACGGCAAGGGACAGCAGGAGUUAAAACUCAAGGAUGAAAUACUGGAUAAAUUUGUAUUCUGCCAGGUAGAGCGGCAACCCACAGGAUAUCGAAUUGCCUUGGAGAGGCCACUGACAGCAGCUACGGUGCGGUCCCGCAUGCGCCGGGGUGGUGAGAUUACGGGGUUUGACCAGAUUACCCGGCCAUACCUUCUCCGAUAUGCUGGGGCCAAAGCAUUUAACACCAGCGAAGAAGUUACGGAUGCUCUGCAAAAUGUAAUCCUACAGCACUCCGAUAUCCGCACAUUCAUCCGACAUUACGAGGUGGAUGUUGAUGUCGAUGUCCAAGGGAUCAUCCGUAAAACAGGUUCACAGUCAUCGCUAGUGCGGUUUGCUUGCUCUUUGAGUGCAUCAAUUGACCCAAAUCGACCCUAUAAACUCUCUCCCGAGGAGUCCAUGUCCCUCAAUGAGCUCCCUGUGGUCCGUGAACGGCAGGACACAGUAACAAAACGCAAGCAGAAGUGGGAUGACCGCAAAGUGACGUUGGAUCGUGCCACUGCGGCAUAUCAAUCAUCCCAUGGCCAUGAUGUUGAAGGGGCCGUUCCCCAGAAUCACCAUCAUCUAAAAGCCAAGCUGGAUCAUCUCCAUGAUCGAGCGAUGGAAGCAAAGCGGAAGUAUAACAAAGCUGUGCGGGAACUGCGGAAUGAGAAACAGCGACAGCGGAACCGACGCAUCCGAGAGAAUCUGGAGCGAUACAGGAACGAGCAACCUGUGAUUGACCUUGAACGGCAACUUGCAGGGAAGCUCGUCGACACCAAGGUGAUGGACACUCUAGAGCACACGGGCUUCAUGCCUCCACAGCAUCUGAAGGUGAUCGAUGCUGUACUGACCAUACCCGGUGCUACACUUGAAGCAGAAUAUCAGCGCCGGAUCAACGCAAUUAAUGCGAUGACUGCCUUCUGCCCGGUGGGAGAGGGGCGGCCUAUACCUCGAACUCAACCUUGCCGCCGACCCCUACCCGAUGCUAACGAUUAUUGUGCUCCUACCAAACGGCAACAGCACGUGAUAGAAGACGAGACCGAGAUAGCUCUACGACAAGCAAUGGAAUCUGUUCGAAUCAGAACCCCAGGACAGCGACCCCGAAUUUGCUUUCUCUGUGUGGGGAAUCCCAAUCUCGCGCUCAUAGACCGGAUCAAGGAAUACGCAACAGCUGGUUCACUGACAAAACAUUUUCUACGAAAACAUGUCAACACUCCCUGGCCAGCCAACGGGGUUGAGUGUAAUAUUUGUGGGAUGGAGCUGCUGGAGCAGAAAGCUACACUUUUAAAUCACGCAGAGACAUGCCACGGAACGGUUGUGCGAGGGUCCACCCAAGGGAAGCUUGCACGAGAAUGUCAACAAGCUAUAUACAUGCCGUAG